AUGACGAAAGCUUUUAUUGUCGGUUCGAAGCGCGUCGCUUUCGGUUCCUUUGGUGGUAAGCUUAGUCAAUAUACUGCUGCUCAGCUUGGUGGCCAUGCCUCCAAGGCUGCUCUGGCGCAGCUCCCUGCCAACACACCAAUCUCGUCGACUGUCUUUGGUCUAGUGACGAGCUCUGAUGCUACUGCGCCAUACCUCGCGCGCCAUGUGGGUCACUAUGCGGGUGUUCCGAUCACCACCCCAGCACUCACUGUCAACCGCCUUUGUGGUAGUGGCUUCCAGGCUGUAAUCAACGCGACCCAGGAAAUCAACAGCGGCGACGCUAGCGUGGUUCUCACUGGUGGCACUGAAAACAUGUCUAUGUCUCCGUACACUCUUCACGGUGUUCGUUUCGGUAAUACCCGCUAUGGUGUGGACCUGAAACUUGCGGACAGUCUGGCCGCCUCUCUCACUGAUGCUGUUCCUGUUCCCACCCCUAUGGGUAUCACGGCUGAGAACCUUGCUGAGAAGUACGGGAUUACCCGUCAGCAGUGCGAUGAGUUCGCUCUCCAGUCUCAGCACCGCUGGGCUAAGGCCCAGGAGGAGGGUGCCUUCAAGGAUGAGAUCGCUCCUAUUGAGGUUAAGGUGAAGAAGGCCACCGAGGUCUUUGCCGUGGAUGAAUACCCUCGACCUAAGACAACUAUUGAGACCCUUGCUAAGCUACCCUCUGUGUUCAAGAAGGAUGGUGUUGUGACGGCUGGUAACGCCUCGGGUAUUUGCGAUGGUGCUGCUGCAAACGUCAUUGCCAGUGAAGAGGCCGUCAAUGCUCACGGUCUCAAGCCCCUGGCUCGCAUUGUUAGCUACGGUGUAACUGGUUGCGAGCCUUCGAUUAUGGGCAUUGGUCCCGUCGAGGCUUCGAAGCUGGCUCUUAAGCGUGCUGGUUUGAACAUGGGAGACAUGGACCUUAUCGAAGUCAAUGAGGCCUUUGCUGCCCAGUUCCUCGCUGUUCAAAAGGAACUUGAGCUUCCUAACGAGAAAACCAACUUAUUUGGUGGUGCUAUUGCUCUUGGCCAUCCUCUCGGUGCAAGCGGUGCCCGGAUUCUCUCGAACCUUACCUACAACCUGCACCGUCUUAACAAGAAAUAUGCUCUUGGCGCUGCUUGCAUUGGUAGUGGUCAGGGUAUUGCUGUGAUCAUUGAGCGCGUGUAA